UGUAGUGUAUCGUGUGCUGUGCCAUUCUAUAAGAAAUGAGAACCGCAUCAGGUGUUUCGAUUUCGAAAUUGUUUUUAAAAAGAUCUCUUCAAAUUCAAGAUCUGUUUGUAAAAGAUAUAAAAAAAUACUCAACUAGUUUAGCCACACGAGAGUUUGAAGACAUACAAAUCAGUGUUCCAUGGGGUCACAUUGCGGGAAAAUGGUAUGGCCCUAAAAAUACUCGACCGAUAGUUGGAUUACAUGGUUGGCAAGAUAAUGCCGGUACCUACGAUACUCUUGCUCCACUUCUGCCAACACAUCUUGGAUUUCUAUCAAUUGACCUGCCUGGACAUGGACUUUCUUCUCAACUUCCGGAAGGUUGCACCUACCAUUCAAUAGAUUACGUCAAUACUCUGUUUACCAUAAUGCGUGAAUUCAAAUGGAAUAAGAUUUCAAUGAUCUGUCAUUCGAUGAGUGCAAUUAACGGUUUUAUAUUUACAUCUUUAUUUCCUGAUAAAUGUGACAUGUAUGUUGCCUUGGAUAAUCUUAAGCCUGUAUUAAGAACAAAACCAGAACACACAAUCAAAACGAUUACUGAGCGAUUUGCGGGUCAUACCAAACAAAUCGAAUUCGCUCUAAAGGAUACAAAGCCGCCAUGUUAUGAAUAUGAAGAAAUUGUCGAAAGGUUGUACAAGGGAACUUCGAAAUCGAUUUCGAAAGAAUGUUGUAAAUUUAUUUUACAACGAAACAUGAAACCAUCGGAAGAAGAACCAAAUAAAUACUACUUUAGUCGAGAUGGUCGAUUAAAGUCAAUGAUGUUUUUCCUAUUUCCUCAUGAAGUUGUUGUAGAAAUGGCACAAAGAAUAAAAUGUCCGCAUUUAUUUAUUAAAGCUCUGAAUGCUCCAAAAUAUGAUAUGAAAGCAGAUUAUGAAGAAGUACUGAAUACACUCAAACAAAAUCCAUUAUUUGAACAUCAUAUAGUUAGUGGCACGCAUCAUGUGCAUUUAAACGAGCCGCAAAAGAUAGCUGAUAUUGUGAAUCCAUUUAUAAAUAAAUACAGACCGGUUUAAUAUGAUAAGAUAAAAAAUAUUAUUUU